GUGAAUUCUAAGUACGUCAUUAAUAUGGCGCCAAAAGAGUUUUAAGUAUGAGCUUAUUUUGUUGUAAGGUUGCAAGACUCCUUGUGUAUGCCUGUAACGUUAACGUUACUGUGCAAUCGCAUACGAAGGAGAGCACGAAUGAGGUAGCUAGAGGAAGAAACCACGAAGUCGAAAUGUUUUAAGCAGAACGUCUCGAAACUACGUUAGCCAGUUAGCCUCUGGUUUAUUCAGUUAUUGAAAAAUAUCGUCCUGGAUACACUUUCAAAUAAUCUGAGAGAGGCAGAGUCAUGUGAUUUGCAUUAACAUUACCUGAUGGAUACAAGACUAAACCUGAUACCAUCGAAAUGCGACAUGGUUUUGCAGUUUGAAUUAGUUAGCUUACCACGCUAGCCUGCUUAACACUAAUAUACAAGCUACAGAUACAAGCGAGGUUGCUGGUUCUUUCGAUUUAAUAACAUUAGCUUGCUAAUUUGGAUUACGCGUGAUACCCCGAGAAAGUCAGGCAACUGUAAUAUUAUUUAAACGAAGGCUGCGUAACCGUUCGUCGCAGUCUUCAGAGAAAAUGUGUUGAGUCGUGGAUAGAUCCUCCAGCUGAACAAGACUGGCGUAAGGACUUUAAUUUUCAUUCUUUGGAGAGCAUCUUGACUACGUGCUGUCACCGCAGCAGUUGGACUCUAACUAACGUUUGCACCAACGUAGAAAGUCAGUAUUGGCUAACCAGCUAGCUGUCUAGCAGCACUGGUAUUUCACUAGUGACUUAUCAUUGAAGCUACAUGUGUGUAGCUUCAAAUGGUAUCCUAAUAUCCCGACAUCGUCCAAGACGGAGGACGUUAUACUUUCUACAGUAAACUGGAACCAAGAUGGAGAGUGUGGGGAAGAAGAGGAGAAAGUAUUCCACUAGCAGCAAUGACUCGGACACCACUGACAGUCAUGUUACUUCCUGGUCAAAGUCUUCGAAGACGACUGGUACCAACAGCACAUGGGUUCGUCAAGAGCACAAGAAGCCCUCAGAGGUGUUCCGGACGGACUUCAUCACGGCCAUGAAGCUGCCUGACUCCGCUCAGCUGAGCACUGAGGAGUUUUACGUGCUGUCUGACCCCUGGAGGCAGGAGUGGGAAAAGGGGGUCCAGGUCCCUGCCAAUAUGGACACCAUCCCAGAGCCAGUGGUCAGAAUGCUUCCAGAGAGCAAUCGAAUCCCAUUCUACACAACGCCCCAUGCCAGGCUGUACACCGAGUCUGACUCACAACACCUUGGCGAGCCACCCACCCGAUACGACCUGGACGAUCUGGACGUCGCCUGGCUGGAGCUUGUCAACACAGAGUUUAGGGAGCUGGCACUGCCUGAGCUGGACGAGCUGAGCAUGGAGCGGGUGCUGGAGGAGCUGGAGAGCCAGUGUCAGGAGAAGAUGCAGCAGGCCAUCGAGACCGAGGAGGGCCUGGGCAUCGAGUACGACGAGGACGUGGUGUGCGACGUGUGCCGCUCGCCCGAGGGCGAAGACGGCAACGAGAUGGUCUUCUGCGACAAGUGCAACAUCUGUGUGCAUCAGGCCUGUUACGGGAUCCUAAAGGUGCCCCAGGGCAACUGGCUGUGCCGUACCUGUGCCUUGGGGGUGCAGCCCAAAUGCCUUCUGUGCCCAAAGCGGGGAGGAGCACUCAAGCCCACUCGCAGCGGAACCAAGUGGGUCCACGUCAGUUGUGCCUUAUGGAUCCCAGAGGUAAGCAUUGGCUGUCCUGAGAAAAUGGAGCCCAUCACUAAAGUGUCUCACAUCCCGGCCAGUCGGUGGGCUCUGUCCUGUAGUCUGUGUCGGGAGCACACAGGCACCUGCAUACAGUGCUCCAUGCCCUCGUGCAUCGUGGCGUUCCACGUGACGUGCGCCUUCGACCACGGCCUGGAGAUGCACACCAUCCUGGCAGAGAAUGACGAAGUGCGCUUCAAGUCCUAUUGCCUGGAGCACAGCUACAACACGGGCGCCACCUCGGCAGACCCCAGGUCCGAGCACCGGCCCGACAUGCCCACGCAGGACCGGCAGAAGGCCAGCCAGCGCAAGCAGAAGCUGCAGGAGCUGGAGGACGAGUUCUACCGGCUGGUGGAGCCGCGGGCCGUGGCUGACAAGCUGGGCCUGCCCGACGCGCACGUGGACUUCCUGUACCAGUUCUGGAAGCUGCGGCGGAAGGCGAACUUCAACCAGCCGCUGGUGGUGGCCAAGCGCGACGAGGUGGACAACCUGGCGCAGCAAGAGCAAGACGUGCUCUACCGCCGACUCAAGCUCUUCACACACCUGAGGCAGGACCUGGAGAGGGUGAGAAACCUGUGCUAUAUGGUGACACGACGGGAGAAGAUGAAGCACUCGCUCUGUGACGUCCAGGAGAAGAUCUUCCACCUCCAGAUUCAGCUGCUGGAGAAAGACCUGGCAGGAGAUAAAACUCUGAAAGGCGAGAAGGGGAGAAAGCAGAACGGUGUGAAGGAGCGGGCCAAAGACCGGCGGAGUGAGGCCACCAAGGAGCGCUGGAAGUCGGACAACGGCUCUCUGCUCAGGCAGCUGGGUGUCCCUCUGGACGGCUCUUUGUUUGACAGCUGGCUGGCGCAGUCGGUGCAGAUCACGGCGGACGACAUGCUGAGCCGCUGGACGCUGGAGGGCGAGCGGCGGGACCCCACGGCCAGCCUGCUGUCCCACCAGCUGCAGCAGGGCGAGCAGAACCUGCUCAACCUGAUGAUGGACCACUCCAUGCAGUCCGCCUGGAAGACCCCGCAGCUGGGACGCAAGGCCCGCACCAAGCCGCGCGCCAGGGCCCACAAGGACUCCACCUCCUCCUCAUCGUCAACCGCCACCUGUGGUGGGGCUCCCGUCGCUGCUGUGAAGGGCUUACGGGGUGUGUGCGAGGAAGCGGGUGGCUAUGGGUACGGGCAUGUAGGUCGGCUUCGGGCCUCCAGAGCCCUGUUGCAUCACCACCAUCACCACGCCGGCCACCACCACCACCACACCCGGCACAGUGCCGAGGCCCAACCAGAGCCCCUGCAGCCGCCCAUCUCCAAAAUGGACUCCUGUCACAUCUCGGACGAGAGGGGCCCGUGGCACCCGCACCCCAAGCAGCCUGCCGCCACGGUUCCCGAGCCCGGAGGAGUGGCGUCAGCGACACCGGAGAUCCCCGAGUCAGCGGUGGGUGUCGCUCCCGCGGGCAGACCGGCUCUGCGGCCACGAGUCACGCGACAGGGCAAGUCCCGAUCGAAGGGCGGCGGGCAGGAGAGCACGGAACCAGACCGUGACGCAGAGCGCACUGAGGAGCCGUCGCCGGCACUUCCUGUCACCGAGACCCCGCUGAUGAUGCCGACUGGCACGAACGGUUACUUCUCGGACGCUGAGCGGAACGGCAGUGACCCGCGUCCGACCAGCCGUAAACUCCGCCUUGGCCAGUUGCAUGCUGGGAACGAGGAAGUGUUGAGACGGAGCGUGCUGGCCUCCUGAGGACGGGGCCGCAUGUCUCCUGUUGCCAUGGUUACAGGCCCCACCCCACACCCAGCUUUCAACACAGUGUACACAGUUUUGGAUUCCUCUGUUUGCUUACUGUCUAUAGAUCGCUUUAUACAACCAAAUCUGUAUAACCCUGUCAAACUGCUAUCUGCUACAGUAAGGAACUGUUGUCUUAAUCCUUAGAUGGGUUAGUCCUUUGGCUGCAUUAAGGCAACAUAAUCAUUUGUGCUUUUGAAACAUCAAACAAAAAAAAGAAAACAAAGAAAAAAAUAAUGCUGUAUGUUGAACAUUAGAAUGAGAAUGGACCUCAGCGUAGCUGUUGUGUUCUUCUUUCUUCGUCAUUGGAUGUUGAAGUGGACAUGGGAAACCAUGUGAUCAGGCACAGUGGCAGCUUAUAUAAGGGUCCGAAGCCCUGGGGGAAGGGGAGGAAUCAUUAUGGGCAUUAUUUAGCUGGUUCAGGUUUGAUUCUUCCUCUGCGAAACUGACGAGUUGAAUUUGACAAAGUCCAGUGGAUGUGUCUCAUUUUCAAAGCCUUGUUGUUGAACUUGUACAGAGAAUAUCAGAUUUCUAAGACUAUAUUAAAAACAAAAAAAGCACAAUUAGUUCAACAGAGACUGUGGAACACUCGAAUCACCGACACACACACACACACACAAACACACACUUGCACACGCUCACACAGACAUGCAGGUGUAUGAGACCUGUAAUCAGUCACUCCUAUACAGAUGAAGAGAAAACAUCAAAGUGAAUCCUUCCUUGAUUCAUAGCCUAUUUAGUUGAAGUGGACAGUCUUUGAUAAGUCCACACAGCACUCUGAAUUCUCUCUCCCUUUGGCCCAAGCGUUCAUAUAUCAAAGCUAACCUUCAAUCUUCAAUUCUUCUUUGAUGAAAAGGUGCCUUCUGUCGUCCCCCCCCCAAAACAAGGUAAAUAAUCACGUGCUAAUGAAAUUUGUUACAAUCAUAGGAACAUUGAAAUGGAAAUCAGUAAACGAACAGCAGGUCCCAAUCUUCUUAUUGUAGUGCCUACAAUAUAUGCCUAAAAAUGUAUAUGAAUGCAGCGUUUGCCAUUUAUCAACCCAGCAAGAAACAAGACCACAAAAAUAAUGUACCCAAGCAAAUCGCUGCUAUGAAGUGAUCAAUACAAAAACCAUGCCUCCAAUUGGAGUAAUCAUAGGAUAAGUCUCUUAAGUCCAACAGGUGAAUCAUGCUCUUUGUAAAUGGCUUUUGUGCUCAUGCAUUUUUUUUUUUUUUCUUUUGCAAGUUGUAUUUUAUACUUAUAGUGGUCCAUGGUAUUUUCUCAGGGUUAUAGAUAUGAGGGUUGAAAACUCAAUCAAAGAGAAGUAAAGCAGAUAUUCAUAUUUUAUACACAAACGCAUAGAAAUGUUCUUUUGGCGAAAGUCACUGUUUGAAAUCUGACUACUGAGGGUGUUCUCUCUGAGCUAAAAGGCUUUUGUUUUUUUGGUUCUUUUUGUUUUUUGUUUUGUUUUAUUUUUGUUCUUGAUUUCCGCUUUGACAAUGCCAAAGAUCAGUGCGUUGACCACAACACCAUAAUAUAACGCUCUCCUGUGUCAAGAAGUUAAAACCUAACAGGCGUGUCUAUACAAUCCGACGGAGAGCAGUCCGUUUUCAUCUUCGAGCCGGCAGGGUGUUGCCGGGGCUGCAGGUCCCGUUCACCCACCACCACCAGUCGACCACCACGCUUGACCACCAGUCGACAAGCCCCCAGCUCCUGCAGCCCCUAAAACCCCAAUGGUCGUCACUACCACCACCACUGUCCGGCCACUCAUCACAGAACAAUCCUUCACCCUCUUACAGGGGGGCUCUCAAAGCUAUAAUUCAGAGCAGUGAGCCCCAACACACCACAAACAACACACCCUACAGUCUGGCUGGCUGCACCACUGCGCCACUACCAACACUGGCACUUCUGGGUUCUGUUUGGAACACUUCUGGGUUCUGUUUGGAACACAGCUGUUCUUCUGAUUCUCUUUUUGUUUUGCGUUUGUUCUUGUGAGGAUUCAGACCUCUGCAAGACACUAUGACCGUAUAGGCAGUGUAGUGAACCCUCUUCGGGUCUCCCUAUGCUCCAUUUGACAGUCCGAAUGGCCUUGGCCGGCUGACCCAGUCGCGUCGUGGGCAGGUAGGGGAGGAGAUGGAGACUGUGCCUCUCUGUCGUCCUCUAAAGCCACACACACACACACACACACACACACACACACACACCCCCCCCCACGGAUGGCUGUUUUAUUCAUUGCCAAGACAAUGAACCAUCAACAGAGUUCAGUGCUCGUAACUGAUUUUUCUUUUUUACUUUUAGUUUUGUAUAGUCCAUGUAGCCCGUGUCGCUCAGAGCUGACCGGUUCGUCGUAGAAAGCAGGUUUAGUAGCCGCAGCCUCACCGCUGCUCACAGAAAUGGUAGACUUGACUUUUACGUUUCUUCUUCACUUAGUCGUUUUUGUUUGUUUUUUCGUUGCAAGUAACUGGAGUCCAAGGGUCCUGCAGUGUAUGUGUGAACUCUGGACAGGGGACAAGGAGAGUGCGUCUUAGCGUCACAGUCCACCGUGCUGGGAGCAAGGGCUCUCUCCUUCUCCAGCUUCCGUUGACAGCUUUGAGGCGACCAUAGUCUCAAAGCCACACUCUCAUAGCUGCAGCCACCAGGCCCUCUCCUGUAUGAUUAGCUGCUUAGUCCCAGAUGGACAUUAACUCCAGGCUGUAGUAGUGAAACUGCCUUUAUCUGUUUUUUUAGUAUGCACCAACAGUUAUGUAUAAUACUGUACUACUACUAGCACCGCUGUUUAACCAACCCCCCUUCCUCCGCCCCAGUGUAAAAGGCUUUCUAGCUGUUACAUAUGCUUCAAACCGUAUGUCAUAUAACUAUAACAAUAACUUUGUACUCUCUCUUCAGUCCGACUGCUUCCGUACUGCCACACGUGCGCCGCCAACGCUUCCUCACGGCGAAGCCUUUUCUCUCUGGGGGGCCCGGUACCCCACAGAAGGAUGCUUCCGGCCUCCUACGACCAACACACACUCCUCCAUCAUCAUCUCCACGACCACUACCAGUAAAAGCACAGCAGGGAAAGCCGAUUGCAGAUGGAGAAGCAUCAUUUAGUGGGAGAGAUUACUGUUGAGGUACAGCGUUGUGAGACCUCUCGUUCCUUAAGGGAUAGUACGGGGUAAUCACAGCAGGCAGUAGCUCCUAGUGCAAGUGCAGUACUGUGACUUCACCUUAGGCAGUUGUGACUCCUCUCUCUGAGUGUCAGGUUUAACUUCUGAGAGCUCCAUGCAGAACUGGUUUGAGAGCUGCAGGGCGGUGGACGAUGGUCAGGACCAAAAGGCCACAGCAGAGACAUGUAUCUGUGUCCUGGAUAGGGGCCCCUUAUGCCUUCGUUGUUUCUUAGGCAGCUAACAGGCACUACGGGAACCAAUGCACUUAAUUCCACUUAACGUUCCUCUCCAUGCACUCAAUCAGAUUUGAUUUCCAACGUCAUUCAGACAGAAAGCGUUUUCUGCGGUUAAGGUGCACUUUUUUUGUUCGGUGGAAUCGAAAAUUGGCACAUGAAGUAAUUGCAUACCAUCUCCGAAAGGGUUCUGAGUUCGGCCGUUACUCCAGUUGAAUUUUCUCCAUCCUGCUGGCAUUUGACCUUUUCCCCCUGACCUUGACCUCUACCUGCAUGCACUCACAGACCUGCUCUCAGGUCCAAGCCUUGCACUCAGCUGCGGCACUCCUGUCAGUCAAUCUCCGCCUAAGCUUCAGUUUACUGUGCAGCUCCGUGCUUAUUUUGCCCCACCCUCCCAGAAACCCCCUCCACUCUCCGUUCAAAAACAACAACGAAAAAGCAAUCCGAUUGGGCCGUGACGUGUCAUCAUUCCACGCCGGCCCCUUUAUUCACUCUUCUGUCAGGCACAUGUUUCAUAUUCAGUCAGCAGUUGUUCUCUCUCUGACGUGAUCAGGAUCCGGCACGGGGGACUCGCUCCGCACAGCCGGAGGCCUCGCUGUCGAUCCUGUGAUCGCCGCCGUGUUUCCAUUCCGCGUGCGUUUUAGGCUCUGCGUCAGUUAUCGAUAUGAUAAAUAUGAAUGUUGCAGGAGUUUACCCUUCUGUAUUCUUUGUUUCAAAGAAUGUUGUGCCAUUUGUUAAUAGCAGAGAGAAAUAUUGAACAUAUAUUGAAAAAAAAAACGAAGAGCUAUUAUAAAUUAUUUUUUUGGCUUUUUUUGCUAUAUUUAUUUUCUUGUAUUAGAAUCUUCUUUGUAGGAGGAAAAAGAAAAAAAAUGUAUUUUUCAUUAGUGCAAGAACCUAUUUUUUCCUUUUUGUACAGUUUUCCAUGUUUAAGCAAUCUUUGAAGCAAUAUGAUGUUUCGAUGUUACUGUACCUGCAUGCUGUUUGUGUUGCCUUAACGACGGCUGUGUCUACUUUGGCCCCUCCCACCUGUCCAUUACUCGCCCGCACUCUGGCGUGGUUGACCAGUACAGUCAAUAAACCAGUGCUUUCUGUGUA